UAACCCAUAAAACUAACAACAAUUCUCAUAAACAAACAAAAUAAAAAGAAAAACGUUAAAAAAACAACACAGUGUAAAAAAGUUUAGCAACCGCGAAAACGACUUACGAAUUUUCACAACAACUUGAUGUUUUGUAACGGAUUUUCGAGAAACUGGUAAAAACUUUAUUGUGGAUUCUUCUGCUGCUUCUUCUUUGCAACCGCGACAGAAAAUUUAGUGGCUCUGCGGAUUUUUUGUGAACGCAAAACAUUCGAGAUUCCCAUUCUUCUAACACUGGAGUCAUCACUGGAAACCCAUUAAGUGCAAACAACAGCAACAACAUAGUAUGCGUCUCUUCAAAACGCGCAAAUCCACGGACACCUACAGCACACUAGCCGCUCAGCAACACCAACAGCAGCAGCAGCAACAACAGCAGACCGACAACAGCAACAUUUGCCAGAGCAGCAGUAGCAGAAGUCACACGCCAGCAACAUGCAACAACCGACUGAACAAGAGCAUUGCGAACAGCACCACCAUAUCCUCAUCGCUGCCUGAUCUGCAUGACAAGUCGCCCGUCAUGAUACUCAGCUGCACCACCCUGGCCAGCAGUGGAGCCACCGCCACGGCAGCGGUCACAGCAACAGCCAACGGCACACCGGCAACAUCUGCCGGCGGUCUGCAGCAGCAGCAACAUCAGCAACACCAGCAGCAGCCGUUACGCACGGCCACGCCCACAUGCCUACUAAGUGGACGGCAGACGCCCUCGGCCAUCUCGGUGUUGUCGCUCCAAGAGGCCACCAGUCUGCACCGCCAGCAGCAGCAGCAGCAGCAACAUCAGCCACCCACCAUCUAUGUGCCCGUGCCCACGAAACUUGGCAGCAAUGUCAACCCUGGCAGCAACUCGGCCACAUUGCUCUUAAGCUAUGGCAGCACCAACAGCAUCGCCUCCAUGCAGCAACAGCAGCAGCAGCAUGCCGCCCAGUACCAGCAAUAUGUUGCCCAGCGUCUGCACGCCGCUUCCAGUAGUUGUCUGUACGAGAAGGGAGCCAAUGCCAGCGGAGGACCGAGCAGCAACAAGAGCAGCCGAUCCCUGACCCCGAAUGGCCACCUGCCUGACUACAAACUGGUGACAGCGGUGCCCGUUGUUGUCCUGGACGAUGAACACAAAUCGAAUUCAUUGCCAGCCAGUGAACUGUGUCGCAACAGCAGCGGCAACAUCAACAGCAGCAGCAGCAGCAACAUCAACAGCAGCAACAGCCUUGACGUCAGCAACAGCAACAGCAACUCGAACUCGGGCAGCUCCACUUCGUUGGCCAGCACCACGCGGAAUGUUUUCACCUGGGGCAAGCGCAUGAGUCGCAAACUGGAUCUGCUGAAGCGCAGCGAUUCGCCCGCCGCCGCCCACAAAUCGCACUCGGAUCUGAGGAGUCUGUUCCACUCGCCAACGCACCACAAGAGUGGUGGUGGCUCCGGUGGUGGAUCCAGUUCGGCGAAGGCUUCGCCCUCACCCACGGGCGGCCAGCAGAGCAGCUCCGGCUCCAGCACGACCAGCACUACCAGCACCCUCAAGAAGUGCAAGUCGGGGCCCAUUGAGACGAUCAAGCAGCGUCACCAGCAGCAGCAGCAGUUGGUCCAGGAUGUGGGCUCUGGACAGAGCCAGAGUGCUCAGACCACGCCCACGCAUCAGUUCCAGGCGGCCGCCCGCCCACAGAAGGCGCUGAAGAACUUCUUCCAUCGGAUCGGCUCCACCGGCAUGCUGAACCAUCGCUCGCACAACCUCCUCAAGGCCUCGGAGGCGUCGCAGCAGGCCACACCGGCUUCCACCACUCUGUACAGGAGCAGUUCCACCAGUCAGCUGUCCAGCUGCUCCUACGUCAAGUGUGACGAUCCCACCGAGGGCCUCAAUCUUCAGCGGGAACAGCGCGAGCAGCAGCAGCGACUUCCGCGGAUCUCCAGCCUGAAGUCCAGUAGCUGCGAUGAUAUAGCCAAGGUGAGCAGUUGCCUGACGGCCAGCACAAGUGGUGGCAGUGCGGCAGGCAGCCUGGGAUCUCCUCCUGCCAGUAAUGGAGGAUCAUCUGCUGGGGGAGGAACUACCGCAUCCAGUGGCCAACAACACGAUCCUUCGCGACGUGGAGCCUUUCCCUACGCCUUCCUGCGAUCCCGCCUCUCCGUGCUGCCCGAGGAGAAUCAUGGCAAUGGUGCGGGUCACCUGAAGCAGCAGAUUCAACGGCAGCGGGAGCAGCAUCUCCUCCAGGAGCAGGAGCAGGCCUCCCAGGCGUCGCCUCUGCCCCACCGCCGAUCCCCCGAACAGGCGAUGCUGGGCAAUGUGUCGCGCAACGAUAGCAUCACGUCCAAGGACUGGGAACCACUUUACCAAAGAUUAAGUAGUUGUCUGAGUUCAAACGAGUCCGGCUACGACAGCGAUGGGGGUGCGACGGGAGCCCGGCUGGGCAAUAAUCUGAGCAUCUCCGGCGGAGAUACCGAAUCUAUUGCCUCGGGCACCCUCAAGCGCAACUCGCUCAUCUCGCUCAGUUCGUCGGAGGGCGUGGGCAUGGGAAUGGGUCUAAGUUUGGGAAUGGGAGUAGCUCCUUCGACGCGGAACAGCAGCAUCUGCAGUGCUCCGGUGUCGCUGGGUGGCUACAACUACGACUACGAAACGGAGACGAUCCGGCGGAGAUUCAGGCAACUGAAGCUGGAGAGGAAGUGCCAGGAGGACUACAUCGGGAUCGUGCUGUCGCCCAAAACAGUGAUGACGAAUAGCAAUGAGCAGCAGUACCGGUAUCUCAUUGUGGAACUGGAACCCUAUGGCAUGGCUCAGAAGGACGGUCGUCUGCGUCUGGGCGACGAGAUAGUCAACGUGAACGGCAAGCACCUGCGCGGCAUCCAAUCCUUCGCGGAGGUCCAGCGCCUGCUCAGUAGCUUCGUGGACAACUGCAUCGACCUGGUGAUUGCCCACGAUGAGGUGACCACCGUCACCGACUUCUACACCAAAAUCCGCAUCGACGGGAUGAGCACGCAGCGCCACAGGUUGAGUUAUGUCCAGCGCACCCAGAGCACCGACAGUCUGGCCAGCAUGCAGAGUCUGCAGCUGCAGCAGGAGAGGAUUCAGGGGCAGGAGACGGACCCGCAAGGCGAGGAUCAGUGCGAUGCCCGAUCGAUGGCCAGUGUCAGCACAAUGCCCACUCCGAUGCCACUGAUGCAGCACCGAAGGAGCUCCACGCCGAGACACUCACUGGUGGAGGUGGCUGGGCCGGAGCACGAGCUAAUCAGAAGGCGGGCACGCAGCUCCUCAGGUCAGCGCAGCUUGGCUCUAACACCGACCCCACUCAGCAGCUGCUCCUCCUCCCCUAACCACCGGUUGAUGGUUGAUAACGAGCAUGACCCCGCUAACGACACCGAUUCCUAUACGCCAGUCUAUGCAAGUCGGGCGGCGAGCGUGUGCGUGGCCUCCUCGCUGGCGGACGACGAGAAGUGGCAGCUGCUCGCGCGGAAGCGCUGCUCGGAGGGAUCAGCCCUGUCCGCCGGAACGAGCCAACAGCAGUUUGGCCAGCGCACCCACUACGCGAGGAACUCGAUCAAUCUGGCCAACUCGCACUACCGCUCGCUCCGGUUUGCCCACUCUCGGCUGAGCUCAUCGCGGCUCAGCCUGUUCAUGCAGGCGCCGCCACCUAACAGUCUAACCGUCGGGGAGGGAGUCGCUAACAACCCAUCCUCCACCACUGAUCUCACUAACCAGCAGCAGCAACAGCAACAGCAGCCAAACCAGCCACAGACACACCAAUCACUGUACAUCAAGCACUCGCCAAAGAGCGUCUCAUUGUUCUCGCCUAAUCCCUAUGUUAACGCCUCAGCCUCCGCCUCAUCCUCACCAGCCUCACAGGCAUCCACAUCGGCAGGAGCGGGAGCUUCCCUGGCCCCGCCAGCCGCCGCCCUAAUGCAUCACAGGCCAUCGCUGCCGGUGGCCAAGCUAACCAUACGCGACGAGGAGAUGGCCGAGGUCAUCCGCGCGUCCAUGAGCGAGGGCAGUGGUCGUUGCACCCCCAAGACCAUCACCUUCUUCAAGGGACCUGGACUGAAAUCUUUGGGCUUCAGCAUAGUGGGAGGUCGGGAUUCGCCCAAGGGCAACAUGGGGAUCUUUGUUAAGACCGUAUUUCCCUCGGGACAGGCAGCCGAUGAUGGUACACUGCAAGCAGGCGAUGAGAUAGUGGAGAUCAAUGGCAACUCCGUGCAGGGCAUGAGUCAUGCCGAGACCAUAGGACUCUUUAAGAACGUUAGAGAGGGCACCAUUGUGCUCAAGAUCUUGAGAAGAAAAUUGCAAAAAGCUAAAUCGAUGGGUUGUUAGUUGAUACCCACAUUGGAGUUUUCCUUAUGAUUAAAUACCUGAUUAUGGACAACCUGCAUCGUUUAACCAAGUUAAAUGUUAGCUUCAUUAAGUGAAGCCCUUUUUCGUAAUCGUACAAAGCCCCUUGAAAGAACUAUACUUAUAUACAGACUCUAUUUAGCAUCUAGCAUCCCAAAUAGUGUGUAGUCAAUUGUAUGGAGUUACAAUUUUAAAUUAUUUACCCAUUCUAGACUAGGCUAAGAUUCGAAACGUUGUACAAGUUAUAUUUACAUUCAAGUUAAAUAUAUUUACCUGAAAAGCAAAA